AUGGUGGCUGUUUACCAAGAUUCUGCGCCUUCAUUAUCUACAAUUCAGAAGUGGUCAAGUGAAUUUAAACGGGGUAGAGAGAGCAUUGAAGACGAUCCCCGUGCCGGUGGGCCGGUUAGUGCCGCUACUGAAGAAAACGUCAAAUUAGUCGAGAAACUUGUACUCGAAGAUGCCCGUGUAAGAGUGAAAAUAUUAUCAGAAAGGACUAAGCUAUCCGUAGGUACUAUUCACACUAUCCUUCAUGAGCGUCUGAAUUUGUCAAAGGUCAGUGCAAGAUGGGUGCCGCGAAUGCUCACAGCGCUUCAGAAACAAGUGCGAGUUGACUGUUGCAAGGAGUUUUUGGAGCUUUGUGGUGAAAAUCCACAAAGUAUUUUCGAUCGGAUUGUUACUGGUGAUGAAACGUGGGUUCAUCACUAUGACCCUGAGAGCAAGCAAGAGUCUAUGCAGUGGCAUAGAAAAGGAACAGACCCACCGAAGAAGUUCAAAGUCACCCCGUCCGCAGGAAAGCUCAUGGCCACAGUGUUUUGGGAUUCCAAGGGAAUCUUGCUAAUCGAGUACCGUAGAAUGGGGUUACUUUGA